UGGAUCGGAUGGCGGCCGCGGUGAUCGAACGGCUGUUAGCGAGGCAGGAGGCUGAGGUUCACCGGCUUAGCCAGGUGAUGGAGUGGCUCCGAAGUGGAGAUGAGGAACUGGUGGUCAGCCCGGACUUGCGGAGCCUCAGAGAGGAGAACGAGAGGCUGAAGUACCGGCGACUGCACCUGCAGCGGAGCUUGCGGGCGGAGCUGGCGAGAUGCCAGGCCCCACUCAGCACCGGGCGUGGGCCCCAGUGCAUAGAGUGGCCAUCUUAUAUUGAGGAGCGAAUACACCUGUAUGAGAAUCUCAAACAGGUUCAUGACUCUAUCCUGAGAGAAAGGGCAGCACAGCACAGCAGAGUCAUCACUGUCACCCUUCAAGAUGGGACUGAGAUCACAGGAGAAUCCUGGAGGACAACGCCAUAUCAAAUUGCUUGUCAAAUCAGCUGGGAAUUAGCAGAGAAUUCGCUUGUAGCCAAGGUCGGUGGUGAGCUUUGGGACUUGGAUCGGCCCCUUGAAGGAGACACCAGUGUUCAGCUGUUGACAUUUGAAGAUCCUGAGGCACAAGCUGUAUACUGGCACUCUAGUGCCCACAUCUUGGGCGAAGCCUUGGAGCGAUAUUAUGGAGGCUACCUGUUUACUGACCCACCUGCAGAGAAUGGAUUCUGUUGUGACUUGUUCCUGGGAGACAGAGCUGUGUCUGCCAGUGAUUUUCCCCACUUGGAGAAUAUCUGUAAAUCAAUCAUGAUGGAUUGUCAGACAUUUGAGAGACUGGAAGUGAGCAAGGAGAACUUGCUUGAGAUGUUUAAGUACAAUAAAUUUAAGGUGCAGAUACUAAAUGAGAAGAUUGACACACCGACUACCACAGUCUGCAGGUGUGGCCCAUUGGUUGAUCUGUGCAAGGGACCCCAUGUCAGACACACUGGCAAAAUUAAAGCUUUCAGAGUUUAUAAGAGCUCUUCAGCUUCUUGGGAGGGCAAGUCUGACGUGGAGACAUUGCAAAGAAUCUAUGGGAUCUCAUUUCCUGACCACAGCAUGCUAAAAGAAUGGGAGCAAGUGCAGAAAGAAGCCAAGAAGCGGGAUCACAGGAAGAUUGGACAGGAGCAGGAAUUGUUUUUCUUCCAUGAACUCAGCCCUGGGAGCUGUUUCUUUCUCCCCAGAGGAGCUGUCAUUUACAACACACUGAUGACUUUUAUACAGUCAGAGUAUCGAAGACGUGGAUUCACUGAAGUGGUCUCUCCAAAUAUUUACAGCAGCCAUCUGUGGGAGUUGUCUGGCCACUGGCAGCACUACUACAAUAACAUGUUCACCUUCGAUGUGGAGAAGGAGAUGUUUGCCCUGAAACCCAUGAACUGUCCCGGACACUGCUUGAUCUUCAACCAUCGCCCACGAUCUUGGCGUGAGCUGCCACUUCGGUUAGCUGACUUUGGCGUUCUUCAUCGCAAUGAGCUAUCAGAGACAUUGACCGGGCUGACCAGGGUGCGGCGGUUUGAGCAGGACGAUGGCCACAUCUUUUGCACGGUGGAGCAGAUUGAAGAGGAGAUACAGGGUUGCCUUGACUUCUUGCAUUCGGUGUAUGGAGUACUUGGCUUCACUUUCCAGCUGAAACUCUCCACACGGCCAGAGAUGUUUCUGGGAGAUGUGGACACAUGGAAUAAAGCAGAAGAGCAGCUGAAAUGCAGUUUGGAUGCAUUUGGAGAACCCUGGAGACUGAGUGCAGAAGACGGAGCCUUCUACGGACCAAAGAUUGAUGUUGACCUGAAGGAUGCCCUGGGCAGAUACCAUCAGUGUGCCACCAUCCAGUUGGACUUCCAGCUUCCCAUUCGCUUUAAUUUGACCUACGUUGGCAAGGAUGGAGCAGAUGACAACCGUCCCGUUAUCAUCCAUCGCGCCGUGCUGGGGUCACUGGAACGCAUGGUGGCUAUUCUUGCAGAGAACUAUGCGGGGAAAUGGCCAUUCUGGCUUUCCCCUCGGCAGGUUAUGGUGGUCCCUGCUGGCCCAAGCAGUGAGGAGUAUGGCCAGAGGGUUUGCCAGGAAUUGCUUGAGGCUGGUUUCUUGGCUGACGUGGACCUGGACUCUGGCUCUUUGCUGAGUAUGAAGAUUCGGAAUGCUCAACUUGCUCAGUACAAUUUUAUCUUUGUGGUUGGAGAGAAGGAGGAAGUGACGGUCCACUCAAGAGAUGACAAAGUACACGGUGAACACUCCCUAGCAGCAACGUUGGAGAGACUAAGGCAGCUGCAGGAGCAGCAAGUCCUUAGAGCUGAGGAAAAGUUUUAGAUUUCCAUCUCAAUGGUUGCAUGCAGCAGAAAACUGAGGCAUGAAAAAUAUAAAACUAAGGAUAGUUUGGAAAUAUUAAAAUGAAUUGCUAACUGCAAAUGCGAGUUUAAUACCUGUCUGAAGUGCAAGGUAGCCUCUUCAAUAAACGUCUUUAAUACUUAAAGUUAUAUAAUUUCCAAGAUUGUCAUUUCCAGUACAUAAGUGUAAAGGAGAAUGAAAUACUUACCACUCUGGAUCCGAUGCUGCUAAAAAAAACUGUAUAGUAAAGAACACAAAAAUAACAGUAAAAAAACACUAAAUGUAAGAUGGCUUACUAGAUUGAUUGCAUGUCCAUAAAGUGGUGUUUAGGAGGGGAUUACAGCUCACUGUAUGUAUGUUACAUGAAGCAAGUAACAAUAAAAUAAAAAGAA